CAUCAAACAUCACAUAAUAUUAGAAGUGGAGAACGAGAGAAAAUGAAGAGCUUCUUCUCAACAGGGUCUAUUAUAGCCAUUCUUCUUUUGGCAAUUUUCUUGGUUAGUGAAGCUCAGCAAUGUAGUUCAAGUGGUGAAAUCAUAGGAACUUCUGGACAAUGUAACCAGGAGAAUGACGCCGAGUGCUGCAAAGACGGAGACUCGUACCUAACAUACACGUGCUCGCCACCUGUGUCCGGCAACACCCAGGCCAAACUCACUCUUAACAGCUUUGAAGCAGGCGGUGAUGGAGGAGGCCCAUCCAAAUGUGACAGCCAGUACCAUGAUGACAACACUCGAGUUGUGGCAUUAUCCACCGGAUGGUAUGACAAUAACUCAAGGUGCUCUAAGUACAUCACAAUUAACGGUAAUGGGGUGAGUGUGGACGCCAUGGUCGUGGAUGAGUGUGACUCUACUAAAGGAUGUGAUGCAGAACAUGAUUAUCAGCCUCCUUGUCCUAACAACGUUGUUGAUGCUUCCAAGGCUGUAUGGGAAGCCUUGGGUGUGUCUGAAGACAAACGGGGUGACUUAGAUAUCACAUGGUCUGACGCUUAGUUGCAUUGCGCGGCUUUUCAAAGUUGUUGCCUGUUUUUGGUUUCCUUUUCUAUUUUAGGGUUUGAUGUUGCUUACCUGCAUGUGUUGGUUUAUGUAUGCAUAUACAUAUGUAUGGAAAUGUUAUAUGUACAACCAAAAGUCAGUCAAUAUAUAAGAUUGGCUUCUGUUUACGUAAGCAUAUACUAAAUCUUCUGCUAUCUUAUAUAUACCUAAAAGUUCAUUGAGUAAACAUACCAUUUAUGUGUUCUAUUUUAGUUUACUAUCAGCUGUUUCCCAACCUUAAAACCUUUGAUAAAGACAGAAACAUAUCACAAUUUGACAUAAAGUAUAGCUCCGUAGGAUCCAAACUGAUCGAAAAGGUUUAAUUUCCACCCUGUAUGAAACCAGAUCUGGAUACUUAUCGUGGAUAUCGAAGAUUCAAGUAAUCAAAAUCAGUUCGACUAAUUUAAGAUGGGAAUUCAUUAAUUUCAUCUUGUGGACUUGUCUGCAAUGAACCAAAAGUAUUGUAGACCAACACAUGCCGUCAGUUUAGCUGUGACAUUGACCGCGUCAACUCGCAUAGGACAGAUAAGAUGAAACUGAAAGUAUCAAGUUACCACUGGCGCUUUUAAGGGAGAAGGAGAAAGGCAUGUGCAUCUGGAGGAGAUAAGGUUGGAAGACUUUGGAAGUCUUGUGGUCGUUGAAGUCUUCAGAAACCAUAAACCUGCAAACAAACCAUAAGAAUGAGAAGAAAGGGUCAGAUGUAUCAAAACAGGGCGAAUUUCCAACCCGCUUUGUUGCCAAUGAAGUAGAUCGGCCGGGCUUUGCUAUCGUCAAUCACAAUCUCAGACAAGCUGCAG